AUGGCACCCUUCCCCUCCCCAACCGCCGUGUGGCACGACAAAGCCUACCCGGAGAUCUCUCCCUCGCGCCCCGAGCUUUCCGCGCACGGGAAAACCAUUCUCAUCACCGGCGGAGGCACCGGCAUCGGGGCCGAGACCGCCCGCAGCUUUGCUCAAGCUGGCGCCGCCCGCAUCGCUCUCCUCGGCCGCCGUGAGCAGCUUUUGCUGGACACCAAGGCCUCGAUCCAGCGUGACUUUCCGGCUGUCGAGGUCUUCACAGCCUCCACGGACGUCACCCGCCAGAGCGAGGUCGACGCCGCCUUCAGUCAGUUUCUCAGUCCUGGAGGGCAGAUCCAUGUCCUGGUGAGCAACGCGGGGAUGGUCGGCCCCAUGGUGGCCGUGGCCGAUGCCCCCGGCGAACAGGCCCUAGACGCCAUCCAACAGAACCUGCACGGCGCGUGGUGGGUGGCGCAGGCGUUCUUACGCUGCGCAGCGCCCGGUGCCGUCGUCAUCGAGACCUCCUCCGGCGCGGCCCACGUGAACCUCUGGCCUGGGUUAGCCCCGUACAGCGUCGCCAAGAUGGCGGUGUUCCGGUUGUGGGAUGCGGUCGGGUUCGAGAAUCCAGGGUUGCGCGUAUAUCAUGUGCAGCCCGGGGUCGUGGACACGGCGUUGAGCCGCGAGGCGGGGGGCAUCGAGACACUCGGAUUUGAGGAUAAUGUGGAUCUACCUGCGAGCUUCUACGUCUGGCUGGCCAGCUCCGAGGCGCAGUUUCUGCAGGGCAAGUACUUGUGGGCCAAUUGGGAUGUGAGCGAGCUCAAGCGGAAUGCGGAGGAGAUUCGCUCUACCUCGCGACUGGGCAUUCAGCUGGGCGGGUGGCCGUUCGCAGAUGAUAGCUGGAGGCUUAAUUGGGAGUCUGAGAAUGUGUAA